AUGUGGCUCAUUAACACGGAGACCAUGAAACUCGAAUCGGUAGUGGACCAUUGGUACGAGCCAUAUGCGAUACUUUCGCACACCUGGGGAGACGAAGAGGUGUCUUUUCAAGACUGGGCGCAAAUCGAGGCGGGGGGUCCCAUUGCCGAAACUUUGAAAAAGAAGGCAGGAUACGACAAAAUCCAAAUGACCUGCCAUUUGGCCAGGGGCGAGGGUCUGAAGUACGCCUGGGUCGACACCUGCGCUAUCGACAAAAGCAGUAGCGCCGAACUUUCUGAAGCCAUCAACUCGAUGUUCAAGUGGUACGGACACUCGCACAUUUGCUACGCGUACCUGUCCGAUCUUGAGAGCGGCUCCGAGCUUCAAGCUUCCCUGGGUCAAUGUCGAUGGUUCUCGAGAGGUUGGACCCUUCAGGAACUCAUAGCACCUCAGAAAGUUCGAUUCUACGACAAAACUUGGGUUGAAGUGGGCACCAAGUCAAUGCUUCAACAGCUCCUCAGCGAGAUCACCAAGGUCAACUCGGAAGUCCUUCGCGACAACAACAAUCUCCUCCUCGUCCCUGUCGGGAGGAAGAUGUCCUGGGCGGCUUGCCGGCAAACGACAAGGAUCGAAGAUGUUGCGUACUGUCUGAUGGGAAUUUUCGGCGUGAAUAUGCCGUUGCUGUACGGAGAAGGGCCCCAGGCGUUCACACGCUUGCAAGAAGAGAUUGUGAAAGACUCGAACGAUCUGAGUUUGUUUGCAUGGAAGUCAAAAGGCGGGUCGGAGUUUAUUAGCGGAAUCUUCGCCUAUUCACCUUUGGAUUUCCUCCAUUGUUAUGACCUGAAGUCUCAGGCGGGAGGGGAUCACUCGAGGAAAGAAGUCACGAUCACCAAUAUUGGAUUGCGGGCAGAAGGGACGUUCUAUCACGACGCAGAGCAGGGGGAGAUCUGCAUUCUGGACCUGGCGUGCUGUCGGGGGACGGGGCAGGCAACAGAGUGGCUUUGCGUCCGGCUUGAGAAGGUUCGAGGGACGUUUGUGCGAGCUUCGUCUGCACAUCUUCACACGUCCAAAUCCCGUCUCCCGUGGUCGAAGGGCAGCAAGAGAACGAUAUACAUUCGUAAAAUGCUGUCGUUGCCCGAAACCAUGGAGACGAAUGGCAGGUUCCGCGAAUCGUAUUCCAUCAGAAUCCGCUUUGGCGAUUCGCUCGGCGGUCUCGUUUCGCAUCAUGGGAAUGGCGUUCUGCCGUCUCGCUACUGGCGUAGGAAUGGCAAAGAAUUCUCCAUCGACAAGGGAGAGUUUCUGGGCGUGUUCCCGUUGAGGUUCCAGCUCGGCAGUACGAGUGUGCGUCUGGUGCUCGUUUGCGGGAUUGGUGAUUACUUUGUCCCCGGACUGAGAGGGCUGGAUCAGGACUGGGAGGUUUUGUUCUGCGAAUUGGAUCCGGUGCACCCUUGGGCGAAGUCCCUUGUGGAGCUGGCGCACUGUGACAGCAUCGACGGCGAUGAACCGCUCACCGAAUCAGAUCGACUGGGUGAAAUCAAGGAUAUUAUCUUUACUAAUUUGACGGAUCAUUUUGGAUCGCUAUCGACCCGGGAUCUGGCGAGAUUAAGUUCGGUGAUGAUUGACGAUCCUGCAAGCAAGGGCAAGAAGCAACAUAAAUUGUUCUUGGUGACGCACAGAAUUAUCAACUCGGGAAAGCCUAAUGAUCCAAUAUCAAUUGUGGUGACGCUGAAAUAUGAGGUCAUUCGACGGGAUUGA